AUGCCGAGUAGUCAAGCAGUUGAGAAAUUUCCCUUAGUUGAAAAUAAACCAUCCUCAGAUUCUCCAAGAUAUUUGAGGAUUUCCCCAGAUUCCAAGGUUCAUGAGAUAAUAGGGAAAGGACCUUUUAGCGUUGUGAGAAGAUGCGUUCACAGGCAUACAGCACAGGAGUUUGCUGUAAAGAUUGUAGAUGUUGCCAAGUUUACCUCUAGUCCCGGUCUAUCUCUUGAUGAUCUGAAGAGAGAAGCAACAAUAUGUCAUAUGCUGAAACAUCCACAUAUUGUAGAACUACUAGAAACUUAUUCAAGCGAAGGAAUGCUCUACAUGGUGUUCGAGUAUAUGUCCGGUUCAGACCUUUGCUUCGAGAUAGUCAAGAGAGCAACUGCUGGGUUCGUUUAUAGUGAAGCAGUGGCAAGCCAUUACAUUAGACAAAUCCUACAGGCUCUGAAAUAUUGUCAUGAUAACGACAUCAUUCAUCGAGAUAUAAAACCUCACUGUGUUUUGCUUGCAAGUAAAGAGAAUAGUGCCCCUGUUAAACUAGGUGGGUUCGGAGUAGCAAUACAGUUACCAAGUAGAGGAGAACAGAGUCAGCAGAGCGUAAACGGAGGAAGGAUUGGUACUCCGCACUUUAUGAGUCCUGAAGUUGUUAUGAGAAAAGCUUAUGGGAAACCAGUAGAUGUCUGGUCUACAGGUGUUUUAUUACAUAUCCUAUUAUCUGGUUCUAUGCCGUUCUUAGGGACAAAAGAUAGAUUAUACGAGGUUGUUUGUGGUGGGAAACUUUAUCUGAACACCGCUAGGUGGCAAUAUAUCAGUGAUCAUGCAAAGGACUUGGUUCGCCAAAUGUUAACAGUAUCACCAGAGGAAAGAAUAACGGUAGAGGAAGCGCUCAAUCACAGAUGGGUUCGGGAACGAGAAAGGUUUGCCCCAAAAAUUCAUCUUCAUGAAGGAGUGGACGAACUCCGAAAAUUCAAUUCAAGACGGAAACUAAAAGGGGCAGUGCUGGCUGCUGUAAGUUCUCCUAAAUGGACUCUUUUUGAUUCUGAUCCUGUUAGUUGUGAUGGUCUUGAGAACAGUGAAGAUGAGAUAACAUCAGCAACAGUUGGUUUAGUACUGGAUAGUUUGGAUGAUAAAUACUAUGAACAACUCCAAACUCUUCUAAAUCUUUACGAUCAAAUCAGCACAAAUACAUACAGACCUUUCAGAUUUCCUCCAUCAGAUGCUUGUGAAAAACUGAAGGAUGGAUUAACAGCCCUUAAUUACCUAGAGGCUCAUGAUGUUGUUGCUCACGAGGUGUAUGGCGAGGAGGCGGUGAGGGUGACCCCGCCCCACUCCACCAUCUCCUUGACCCUGGGGGACGAGGUAGAAGGUCCUAAUGGAGAAUGUCCUGAUGAUAAUCUAAAUGAGAUCAUGUACCCAUCCUAUGUACAAGGACGAAGUUUAGAAACGGCAGGACGGUCUACACUCGACAACCAGUACAGUCAGAAGGUUGAGAAUGUGACGAGGGUGCGUCUUGUUCAGUUCCAACGAAAUACCGAUGAACCUAUGGGUAUCACGCUAAAGCUCAAUGAAGAAGGGAAGUGUAUUGUAGGGAGGAUAAUGCAUGGUGGCAUGAUACAUAGACAGGCAACACUACAUGUCGGAGAUGAGAUUAGAGAAAUAAAUGGGAUUAGUGUUGCAAACCAAUCUAUAGAGUCUCUUCAGAAACUGCUCAGAGAAGCCAGGGGUAGCGUCACAUUCAAGAUUGUUCCUUCCUACCGAUCUGCACCUCCACCCUGCGAUAUAUUUGUUAGAGCACAAUUUGAAUAUGAUCCUUUAGAAGACGACCUUAUACCUUGCGCCCAGGCGGGUAUUCCAUUUAACAUUGGCGAUAUUCUUCAAAUAAUCAGCAAAGACGACCACAACUGGUGGCAGGCGAGGAAAAUGGCGGCAGCGAGCUCAGCUGGACUGAUACCAAGCCCUGAAUUACAGGAAUGGCGGAUAGCUUGUCAGACACAGGAAAGUUCUAAGAAAGAACAGAUAAACUGUUCAAUAUUUGGAAAGAAGAAAAGAAUACUCAAGGAUAAAUACUUAGCCAAACAUAAUGCAGUGUUUGAUCAACUGGAUCUAGUCACGUAUGAAGAGGUUGUCAAGCUUCCUGCGUUUAAGAGAAAGACUUUGGUGCUACUUGGUGCUCACGGUGUAGGAAGACGACAUAUAAAGAAUAGUCUGAUAGCCUCCCAUCCAGACCGCUUCGCCUACCCAAUACCUCACACCACUAGAGGUGCUAGGAGGGAAGAGGAGAAUGGGAAGAACUACUAUUUUGUGUCACAGAACGAGAUGAUGGCGGAUAUUGCUGGAAAUGAAUAUCUAGAAUAUGGAACACAUGAGGACUCUAUGUACGGUACAAAGCUGGAAACUAUUCGAAAUAUUCAUUCGGACGGACGUAUGGCAAUCUUAGACGUCGAACCUCAGGCGUUAAAGAUUUUAAGAAGUGCUGAAUAUGCUCCAUAUGUCGUCUUUAUCGCCUCACCCUGUUUACAGACCAUACAGGACUACGAUGGUUCCCUAGAGCGGCUAGCUAAAGAAAGUGAUAGCUUGAAACAAACUUUUGGACAUUUCUUCGAUCUGACAAUAGUUAAUAACGAUAUAGACGAAACAAUCAGGAUCCUGGAGAGAGCUCUGGAGAAGAUUAAUACAACACCACAGUGGGUUCCAAUAUCAUGGGUUUACUGACACAAAACAUCAACAACACGAGAACAGUCUAAGCAGCCUAAACCUGAUGGAGGCAGAGUCGUUGGAGGUCGGUUACCAAGAGUUUUUGGAGGCCGUGAGCAGAGAACUGAUGGAGGCCGAGAACUUGGAACUGACGGAGGACAGGAGCUGAUAACUGAUGAACGAGGACGAGAGCUGGAUAAAGAUCAAGAGUUAAACUCUGAUGAAGGUCAAGAGUUGAAAGUUGAUGGAGGUCAUGAUUUUAACCAGGAAGGAGGUCGUAGUAAACUACAGGAAACUGAUCCUAUGGCCUUUAGUGGCAAUAUAGAAUAUGGAAUCAGCUAUUGUUAAACAUUUUUGUUAAAUCAACUGCUAUUGAAUAAUAGAAAAAUAAGAAAACUUUUUAUCAUAUUAGAAUCUCAAAUAGUUUUGUUAUUUAAAAAGAAUUUUCUGAAGUUUGUUAAAAAUAUUGCCAUUUAACUCCAGUUCAACCCUGACCCCCCCCCCCCCCCCCCCCCCCGCCUCACUCUUUAAAUGGACGUAUACUAUCUUUAUUUAAAAUAUUCUGAAGUGGGAACUCAUGUAUUGUGAAUAUCAAGAUCAAUGCUUAAUAUCGAUCUAAAGCUGAAAAUUGUCGUCUGUGGAAGUGCUCAGUGUGGAUAUAGAGAUGAAGGGAUCUGGAUUAUGGAUAACACAAAGGUUUCCAGCUCAGAGCUUAUAUUUUCUUGUUAUGCUCGUCAUACCUUGCUGGGUAAUAAGUACUUAUCUUUAUUCCAAAAAAUAUUACCAUCAAAAUUUGAUGCGUCAUUUUUUAAACUUUUCAUUUAAAGGGACUUUAAGCGUAAUUUUCAGUGGCAUUCUAUUUAAAGAAGGACAUCGCCGAUUCACAACGGUACCCUUUAAACCUUUAACUGAUAACCGAGGACAAAGAAGUCAUUAGAUAUAUCUCUGAAAUAUUGUGUAAAAUUACGUGAAAUUGUACGCCAGUCUACUGUGUGAACUCAACGCGGGAUGACGUCACAUUUAUUCCAAGAAAAUCUAGAAUUUUCUAUGUCUAACACGGUUUUCAAAAUUCGAAUGCGAAUAUUUAUAUUCUGCGACUUCUUGAAAGUAAAUAUUAAUUUUUCUUAAAAAGAAAUUACAAAGUGUUUCUGUAGAUAGAUAAAGAAAGUAAAUCGGUUGUGUCCUUCUUGAAAUGGUUAAGAUUACUCGAAAUUACGCCUACAGUCCUUUUAAGAAUGUUUCCAACUGUUCCCUUGUCCUCAUACAUUCAUUUUAUAAAAUUUUCUUCACGGCUGCUUUAUUACCCUUCCUUGCAAACUCAUUAUCAGGCCUGAAGUUGCUCAUCUGCUAACUGAAUUGCUAAUUUAGUGCAUAAUUGUAACAUUUGCAAUUUAUGAUUCAUUUAUUCAUGCUCGCAUAUAUUCCUUUUCAAAGAAUUAAAUCUGUUGCCUUAAUUGCGCAAAAAAAACUCCGUUAACUUAAGAACAAAAAUUCCUUUGCAGGAAGAUUUUUCUGAAUUAUAUUUUUACAGAAUUCUUUUCUUAUUUCUAUUUUGUGUGAGAUGUAAACCUGUUUAAUUAAAGUGUGCGCUAACCGAUAAAAUGUGUCAAAAACUAACUCUAAGUAUUAUUAUUGUUUAAGACUUAAAAUAGUGUUAGAUUUUUAUAAAAAUACCCCUUUUUCAUAUUCUGGAACAUUCUAGUUUUAUCAUAAUAAUACUGAUUUUACAAACUAUGUAUAUUUGUUUUCUUGUAUAAAUAUUCUUGUAAAUAAUCAAAAUAUGGAUUUUAAAUUUGUUUUGUUUUUAAUUGUAUUGAAGAGUCUGGAAGCGUAAUUUCACGUGCAAAGACGGUAAUGUCCGAUUCAGAAUGGUACCUUGAUCAGAUGAAUUAGAUAACAAUAUUUAUAGAAUUGAAAACAGACUUUUUUUAAUCGUGGCUUCUAAACAAAAGUGACUUGCGGAUUUCUACGACAGGAAAACUAAACGAAACAUUGUUAAACCUAGAAAAAUCACAAUAUCUUUUAAUCAGAUACAGAUUUCUAGUGUACCGUUGUGAAUCCGACGUGUCAUCUAUGCACGAAGGGUCACUUGAAGUUACGCUUACAGGCCCUUUGGCAUUCAUUCAAAUGGAUGUACAGUAUACACUAUACAGUAUUUCACAAACAGCAUACAGUGUACACUGAUUGUUGAGUUUUUUAGAGUGUACAUUUUUAUUCCUAUACAUAGUACAGUUAGAUACACAAAAGUACCCUUUCCAGUGUACACUGUAAACUGUACGCUAUAAACCGUACACUUUACACUAAAAAUUGUACACUGUUCAUGUAAUGCACCAUAUGUGCAUGCCAAGUGAUUGCAUUACUGCCACUCUCAAAGUUAAGCUUAAGGUCUGCACUCCUGAUCAUAAUCUUAUUAGAAUUAUCGACAUUGAAAACAUGAAACUGUUUCCCUGAAAUUUAUUAUUUCUAUUUUAUUUCAACUUGUACCUGAACCUUUAUUCUAUCAUUAAACCCAAUUAUGAAUUAUUUUAAGAAAUUUAAGAUCUGGCUUUGUUAUUGUAAUUCUGACUAAAAUAGAACAAAUUCGUAUACAAUGACUUUUUACAUGACAGUAACGAGGGUUUUUUUUGUCUUUUUUUAAUCGUUCCAUUUUUCUCAAGACAAAUAUAUGCAAUACACAGUCAGAAAUAAGCGUGAGAAAAAUAUUAUGUUAAAACGAUAUGGCGCAGUACUAAUCUUUCUCUUAUUUCUGACCAAAAGCUGAAACCAAAGAAUCUAAAACAAAAUAUGUCUCUCGAUAUUAAGAGAAUUGUGAAUAAUACCACGGAAAUGUCUGUACUUGCCAUUCCAUAUUAAAUACAAAAAUAUGCAUGCAAACCAUUGAAUUACGCAGUAUCAACUAUUAACACUAAUUUGAUUUUCUAAAUAGAUCAUUGUUAAAACCA